CACCUCCCAGCACUAGGGGGCGCUGACCUGUCUGCAGUCCCUCUUUAGUCCACGUCAUGCUAACAGCAGCUUUAAGCUUCUGAGCAUGCGCCUCGCGAGCUCCUUCGAUAUCCACGAUCCGGAGAGCACCAGUGAACGAUGACAAAGAUGCUACCCGUGUUUUUGGUCCUGGCUCUGUUUGGCCUUGGCUCAGGAGAAGAGGGAGCUCGUCUGCUGGCCUCUAAAUCCCUGCUGAACCGCUACGCUGUGGAGGGCCGUGAUCUGACCCUGCAGUACAACAUCUACAAUGUGGGCUCUAGCGCUGCCCUAGAGGUGGAGCUGUCGGAUGAUUCUUUUCCCCCUGAAGAUUUUGGAAUUGUUUCGGGAAUGUUGAACGUCAAAUGGGACAGGAUUGCACCAGCCAGCAAUGUCUCCCACACAGUGGUGUUGCGCCCCCUCAAGGCUGGUUACUUCAACUUCACCUCUGCCUCUGUCAGUUACCUGGCCCAGGAGGGAGGACAAGUUGUGGUUGGAUACACCAGUGCCCCUGGCCAGGGAGGCAUCCUGGCUCAGCGGGAGUUUGACCGGCGCUUCUCCCCACACUAUCUGGACUGGGCUGCGUUUGGCGUGAUGACUCUGCCCUCCAUCGGCAUCCCUCUGCUACUCUGGUAUUCCAGCAAGAGGAAGUACGACUCGCCAAAGACCAAAAAGAACUGAGGAGGCACCACCGGGUUUAAAGCUGGGGACUGGGUGGGAAUAGAAGUGGAAGGCUUCAGUGGGAUCUCUGAAUAGCUUAAUAACCCAUAUUGGGGUUGAAAGAUAAAAGUAAAGUGACCAAGAAACGUAAUUGUGAUUUAAUGACACACAAGCAUUUACAUGAAAGCUUUUUGUUCUCAUCUACAGCUGAUGGCCUGAACUUCAUCAGCUGCUAGCCUUUCCUUCAGAUUUGCAAAUGGGUUAAUGUGACAGAACAAUUACAAUGGCAGUUACUACUGUAACAGACAUGAAACUUUGUGAUUGUGUACAUAUUGAACUAAAUUCAAAUUUGAAGUUUAUAGCCAGUUGUUCAACAUCAAAAUAAAUUAAUAAAAAGAAGCUGUUUUUUU